AUGGACCCGAGUAGUCCACCUGCCUCAGGGUUUCACGGUCUCGUCAACAAGUACAUCAAUGUCAGAACAGCAGUUGAUAGACUUCAAGAGAGCGUCAGGGCUCCCGGCGACGAAUUCCGUCUACCAGGGGCUAUGGAGAAGCCUUUCUUUGUUGUAGACAACAAUGAGCCUCACAAUACCCCAGCAGGAGCAGCAAACAGUUAUUUUGAAGAUCAUCCUCAUAAAUAUGCUGGCAAACCGAUUGUCUUCCGCCUGAAGACCAGCCCGCAAGUCGUGAUGCAGGCCACGAUUGUGUGCAUAGAGCAUGAUUCCAUUCUCUAUUUGCGUGAUGUAUUCGAGUGCCAAACUUCGCAGCGAGUAUUUGAAAACAGAUAUGCCGAAAAUGACAUCGAAAUCAUUGCAUUCGAUGGGCAGAACAUGUCGCCCUCUUCUUCCUGCCCUCCGCCACUCGUGCACACAGGCAGUGAUUCUUUCUCUCCAGGCUCAGGGUACACCUCGCCUCACGCUGGUGUGGGUGGAAGUACCACAGCACAUCGUUGUGGUUGGUGCCGAGAAAUCCUCAGGUCAGUCUUCAUCCUCACGCGCGUCCUUGAGCCGACUCUGAAGGUGGUAAAGGCAGAAGUACUGCGGUGCUUGCUUUAG